CGUCUAGCUUAUCAUUCGCAGGCAGACACAACGCGCGCAUGGACAUGGAUGGGCUCUUGGAACAUUACGCGGGACGAUAGACACGUUGAAGUAUCGUAAAAGAGCAGUAGCAGGCUAAUUUACGUCACGACUGCCUGUCCAGCUAGUAUAUUACAAUCAAUAUGUAACCGACAUAGUUACUUCGAACAGUUUUACUUAUCUGCUGUCUUUUUCGGAGUCAGAUUUUGUCUUGACAAAACAGCCAGUCGCAGAUUUCAGAAAAGCACGGUCAUCUGACUGACUCUUCUAGACUACAAAGAUAUAAGCUACUGACAACUAAUUGGGAUAUAUGAAAGUGAAGAAGGAUAUCCUAAGUCUACAUAUACACGUUUUUAAUCUAUCAGGAGAGAAGAUGAUUCCGCCAGCCAACAUGCAGGACGAGAGUUUUGGGAAUGAAAACGAGCGGGACCAGAACGACAUACCUCAGUCACCGGCAAUAAGCAUCGGUCAGGAAACGAAGUUACAGAGAAUGAAGCGCUCCCUGUCCUUCAAGACCAAGACCAUGCGCAGUAAAAGUGCAGACAACUUCUUCCAGAGGAACAGUGACAACAAGCUCCAGACUGAGCUGCUCUCCGACGCCAGCAGCAGUACGGGCCACCUAUCGGGCUGUGGGGUGGUCUCCCUUUCAGCCCCCCCGCUCGCUACCAACCUGUCCAUCCCACCUGUGCCCCCCCCCAUCCCCUCGGCCCCGCCACCCACCUCGGUCCGCACGCCGUUGCGUAACGGCCUCCAGGUGGACGCGGCGGGACACAGCUUCAUGGAGCACAUCUUCAAGAAGCCCACCUUCUGUGACGUCUGCAAUCACAUGAUCGUAGGUACCACAGCCAAGCACGUGGUGUUUCUGGCAGGGAACACGGCAAAGCACGGCCUCCGCUGCAAGGCCUGCAAGAUGAGCAUCCACCACAAGUGUGAGAACGGCGUGGGACUCCAGCGCUGCAUGGGAAAACUGCCUAAGGGUUUUCGUCGCUACUACAGCUCCCCACUGCUCAUCCAGGAACAGUUUGGCUGCAUUAAGGAAGUCAUGCCCAUUGCUUGUGGCAGUAAGGUGGACCCAGUGUACGAAGCUCUGAGGUUUGGGACAUCUCUGGCACAGAAGAACAAGAGACCCAGCGGAUCCGAAUCACCCCACGGAAACUCUACAUGUGACUUGGCCCAGGUACCAGAGGAGGCCACAGCACACAGUAGCCGGCACAAACUCACCAGGAAACACAGCGACGAUGUCUUCUCAGAUGUGGAGAACGGCACAGAACAUUACCAUCUACCAGAGAGGAGACCAGAGGACUCCCCGGAGCGUAGGCAUCUGAGAAAGGACGUCCUGCAACUCAACACUUAUGUGGCCUUGUACACAUUCACUCCACAGGAGAGUCAGGACCUGGAGAUGAGUCCUGGUGACAGGAUCGUACUGGCAGAUGACUCCAAUGACGACUGGUGGAAGGGCUUCAUCGAGGACAGGGUCGGCUUCUUCCCAGCAUCCUUUGCUCAGCAGGUUCGGGCGGGGGAUCGAGUAUUCCGGUGCACCCGGACCUUCAUCGGCUGUAAGGAGCAGGGUCAGACCACCUUGAAGGAAGGACAGAUUUGUGUGAGCAGUGAGGAUGAGCAUGGUGGCUUCAUCUGUGUAGCCAGUGGAAAGAAGAGAGGCUAUGUCCCCUGUGAUGUCCUGGAAAACAUCUGAGAGAGAACCAAAGAGUGAUGGAGAGGCAGAGAGAGAGAAAGAGGUGAAGAGAAAGAGAGAGAUGGGUGGAUGGCAGGAGAAAGAGAGAGGGACACAGUCCUGAGAUUCACAGUAUUGGUGACUCUGAUAGUCAAUAAGUUCAGAUGCCAGACUUGAUUGCACCUUCAGCUUCAAAAUGGCCACCUGAAUCCAUGGAGGGAAUCCACUGCUGAACUGUGACUGCCCUGCCGCUGCCCCUGGAAGGACCCAGCUCAGCCCAGGACUGCAGACCCUCCACAUCCCCUUCUGUCCAAAAACACAGAUCCUGAGACUCAUAAGCUGCCAGUCGAGCUCAUAAGGAGAGAUAGUGGGUUUGAUGAAUAAUGGGGCACGGUUAGAUUUUUCAGUUGUCUUGUUUAUUUGUUUUUGUCAUAUAAAGGACUGCUGUAGUUUCUUCAAGGAUGUUGUUUGGCAGUUCCGGCGACAAUAAUAUGCAUGAUUGGAGUUGUGUGUAAGUGCGUUGUUGCUGACAGAAAGCAUAGGGAAAUCUAGUUUUGUUUACCUGUUUUUCAUCAAAGACAUUCUAUUUUGUGACUGGUAUGGUUCUGCCUCCCUGUUUGACCUACACCCGUCAAAUUUGCCUAUACAGAUUAUUCCUUGAAAUACACCACGUAACUCUACAUAAUUAUUAUUGCUGUUCAUACAAUCGAAAUUCUUGACAGUAGCACUUGCUGUAAAAAACAUUAGUAGCUUUUCUUAAAUAAAUGUUUUGUCUUACAAUACCUCCCCACCAAUAUUUAGUGCAGCCUUCAGGGCAGUUACUGCCUGUUCUUCAAUAGCAUAAAGCUGUGAUUAGUCCUCCUUUGUGGAUCCAAAAUCUCACGUUACUUUUGUGACGUCAGAAGGAAAACAACAUAACAAGAGCACUGACGAGAGCUCUGAUACUAAACUAGAGGAUUUUCAAUGGAGUUCGAUAAAGAUUUUAUUUUCAAAGACAUUUAUUUUCCCUAGCUAAAAAAAUAUUGGUUAGUUAGUGAUUUCCUCCUCAGAGAAAUUUCUUCAUGAAUGAUAUUGAGGAAGAUUAUUCAAAUCUUCAUAGGCAACUUUAAUAGCGGUGAUAUUGUCUGAAGUUUACAGUGAAUACCAAAAGUAUUUGUCUGUAUUCUAUCUGAACAAUACUUUUCAGCCUGCAUUUUAUUUUACUUAUUCAUAAAGAUCACAAAAGGCUGAGCAACCCUCACAUGGAUUGGAAUAUGUAUUCCUUUUAUUUCUCAUGUUAAUGAUGUAAAAUCUGUAUUGUAUUUCAACAUCUUGAAAAGAGAUAUAGGAGUUGCCUACAGUAUACACAAGGAUGUUAGGAUGAUCUAUGUGUAUGUAUAACUGCUACAUUGGCAGUAACAUGGUCAAACCUUUUUAGAUUGCACAGUACGUUCAAACAAUGAUUAUUAAUACCAAUAAGUUCAACUGUAUUCUUCAAAGUGUAUGAAUAUUUCUCAUCAUUUGAAAUCAAUGGAAGUAUAAGGGAUUGUGGCUUUAAUUGAAGUGUAAUUAUUCUCUACACGUUUUCCUCUUUGUCCUGAUCUGUUCUUUAAGAUCAUCCUGCAGAGGUCAUUUUAAGUUUCCCGCUUGAUCAUUCUUUUAAACAAAAUAGCAAAGGUAUGUCAAUUGAUCUUUUUUUCCAAACAUUACACUGCCCUGAAACUUGUACAUACUGUAUGCACUGGAUUAAAUAUAUUUAUUAUCAAAAUACAUUCAUAGAAUUAGAUUCUAGACUGAUGUGUAUAGUUUGGAUAACUUUCUAAAACCUCCAAACAUAAAGUCAACUUCUCUCUUCAUCCUCCCAUCCUCUCCUAAUCCUCUCUUUCUCAUUUCUUACUCAUCUCUCACUAGGAUUACAUCCCAGUUAGACAACAUACUCUCACAAGAAAUCCUUGGAGAAAGGAUAGUCCCAGCGAAUGACUAUUAUUUUUUUUGUCCUCAAUCAUACACAGUCAAAGAAGAAAGCCUUUGGGCCACAAAACCAGCUGUUCAGCAGGUAAUAUUUUAUAUUUGUUGUGCAGCAAAUAAUUGUCAGAGGCCUGAUCACACUGCUCUUUCAAAACCCCAUUCAUGCUCAUUAACUAUCAGGUGCAUUGGCUUUUGAUUGGUUCAACGACUACAACUAAUCAUAUAUCCUCAUUAAGCUGUUAUGAUGUAUUGCUUAUAGUUUGUUUAUUAGCACAAUGAGCAAGUGAUAAAAACAACAGUAUAUUAAAAAACUGACAUAGCAAGGAUUGGGCAUGAGAGGUAAGAAAUCCCAACGGCUUAUAGUAAACCUCCCCUCUAGGAUUUUCAAUUUAACCUAAUACUAUGGAUAUUUAUUUCCUUAACAUUAUGAGAUAACAAAGAAACACUGAUAGUGAUGGAUCGGUUUAGCUGAAGAGAUUUCUAUUCCGAAGUGAUGGUCCUCCGUAUUUUAUGGGAUAUUAUUCAAGAGUUCUGUGAUAAUAAGGGAGAUAAAUAUCCUUGUCUGGCUUGAUAUGAAUGGCCAGCAUAGUUCAUCAAAAUAAGUUGUAAAAUACAUUUGGUAAGCUAUAGUUUUGAAAUCCCAAUGAAAACAGCUAGGUUGUUUUUCCUAUGCAAGGAUAUAAGGCAGGAGUACAGUGUAUUGACCACUGCGGCAUAAACAAAGCAUUUCUCUGGGUUCUCAUUUAGUUUAUGAGCCAGCUCUGACACCUGAAAUAUUUGUGUUAAUGCUGAGAUAGAAGUAGUACUGUUUAUGUUAACUUAAUAAAACAUGGAAUACAAAGGGGAAUACAUAUGUGAGGAUGCUGUUCAUUGACUACAGCU